AAAAAUAUUUUGAUGGGGGUGUUGAUCUCGGGUUUUUGUUUGUUUAUGCUUAAGCUUCCCCACUGGAUGAUGAGAUAAUGAUGUGCCCAACCUCAUAUCAACUGUUGGACACCAAACUGAGGAGAGAGAGAGAGAGAGAGAGAGUGUGUGUUGGGUUUAAAAAAGAAAAGAAGCACCUCUUUUUCAAUUUUUUCCUCGCUUUGAUCAUUGAUUCCAGUUGGAAUUCUAGAGAAACCAACUGGGUCUAAUCCAAGUUUUUUUUUUUUUUCUCUUUUUUUCUUGGUGUUGGGUUUUUUUUCUUUGAAAAUGUUGCAUCUUUGAUGCUUUUCUUUUUUGUUUGUACAGAGCUCUGCUGUGGAGAGGUAGGAAGAGCUAGAUAUAGGAAAAGGCCAAUUUCUUUCUCUUAUCUCAUUAAAUGAUUCCCUCACAGGUUUUCCCAAAAUGAUUACUGGGUUUUUGUUCAGCUUGUUGUUUUGGGCAUGAUUGUUAGUCCUUCUGCGUUGUUGAGUGAAAAAAAAAAGGUGCCGUGUGGAUGGAAUUAAAUGCUCUCCACACUGUAUGUGUAAAGAAAAGAGAUUUUAUAUUGAACUGCAAAAUGGAAAAAAACUGAGGAGGAUAGCAAAAGAGGGACCGGAUACCAUUUAGCUUUUCUUGGUAUAGUGGGGGAUAAUUUGGAGCUUGCUUUGCAAAGAUUUAGUUAGUCUCCUGCAAAUUUCACCUUUUGGUAGAGUCUUCUGUGGUGGAUUUAUCAUAAAGCAUUGAUCUCGAUGAGUUCUGUGAUAGUUGCAGCAAUUUCAUUUUCAUAAGCUGAAUUGUUUCUGACUGAGGGGGUUUCUCAUAGCUGUCUGAUUUUCAUGAGUUGCUCUUCUGAAGGAGGAUCGUUUUUCAAGGUUUCAAGAAUCCUUGUGAAGAUUCAUAGGUGGGUUUUGUUUAGUAUGUCUCUGAAUUUCAAGAUCUCUGGUCUGAAUGGAAGAUUACCAGCCAAAUUCAAGUUGAAGAAGACAAAGGAGUCUCCGCAUGGGCCUAACUGUGUCAGAAAAUGGAGAAGGAAGCUUUUAUUUCUCUGGUUUUUUGGUAUUAUUUCAAUUGGGAGCAUUUUGUUAUUCUUGAGCUUCAACCAUUGGACUUUGGGGAGGAAAGAGAGGACUCUAGCUUCUCGUGAAGGAAGAGCUCGAAUGUUGCAGCACCAUUUCAAUAUUAGCAAGGACCAGCUUGUUGCUUUAGCUUCCUUAGUUUCCAAAUCAGAUCAGAUAGCAUCCCUUGAAUGUACUGAAGAGCUUAGAUAUCAAAUGUCAUUUAGUGAUGGCAUUGCCUGUUCUCUGAAGUUACCAUGUUCGGAGGAGCUAGAGUUUCAAAAGCAGCAGAAAUUAGUUGCAGAAAUUGUAAAAUCUAUGGACCAAUGUCCUGUUCCUCAGGAUGAGAAUAUCCCCACGAAGCUUUACCUAUCCCUGCUAAAGAGCAGAUCUGUAUCAUGUACUUUACAAUAUAUGGUUUCAACUUAUCAGCUUUUUGGAAAGGCAUUGGUGGAGUGUCCAAGGGAGCAUUGUCAAAUGUUGUGUAGUUUGUUAAAAGAAGUUUGGUGGGUCCUUGUUGGAAUCAUUGUAUGUUACAAAAUAUUUGGUUUUACUUUGAAAUCAUGGAGGAAGCAAAAGCAGAAGCUGGUGCAAGAGCAGCCAUUGGCUCAGCAGCAGAAGCUGGUUCAUGAUCAACCAUUGGCUCGGAUUAAUAAGAAGCUGGUUAAUGAAAGGCCACUGGCUAGGCCACAGAAGCAGCUACCUAAACAGCAACAUCAAGUUGAUAAUCCUCCUAAGGGUGCUGGAAAGUGGAGGAAGACACUUCUAAUUGUAUUUGUGGUGUUUGGAGUCAGUAUGUCAAUUUGGUUAUUUUGGCACUUGAAUGGAAAAAUCAUUUUGAGGAGGGAAGAAACACUAACCAAUAUGUGUGAUGAGAGAGCCCGCAUGUUGCAGGACCAAUUUAAUGUCAGCAUGAACCAUGUUCAUGCUUUAGCCAUUCUUGUUUCUACCUUUCACCAUGGGAAACAUCCUUCUGCAAUUGAUCAGAAAACAUUUGGUGAAUAUACAGAGAGAACAGCUUUUGAGAGACCACUUACUAGUGGUGUUGCUUAUGCUUUGAAAGUGCUUCAUUCUGAGAGGGAACAAUUUGAAAAGCAACAUGGAUGGACAAUAAAGAAAAUGGAAACAGAAGACCAGACUCUCGUACAAGAUUGUAUUCCAGAAAAUUUGGAUCCUGCUCCUGUUCAAGAUGAAUAUGCACCUGUCAUAUUUUCUCAAGAAACUGUCUCCCACAUUGUCUCCAUUGACAUGAUGUCUGGAAAGGAAGACCGUGAGAACAUCUUGCGAGCAAGGGCAACUGGAAAGGGAGUACUGACAUCCCCUUUUAAGCUAUUGAAGUCCAAUCACCUUGGUGUGGUGCUCACAUUUGCUGUCUACAACACAGACCUUCCUUCAGAUGCUACCGCUCAUCAACGCAUUGAAGCUACUGUAGGGUAUCUAGGUGCAUCUUAUGAUGUCCCAUCUCUGGUGGAGAAGCUUCUGCACCAACUUGCCAGCAAGCAAACAAUUGUUGUGAAUGUUUAUGAUACAACUAAUGCAUCUGCACCUAUCAACAUGUAUGGUACUGAUGUGACUGAUACUGGCCUAUUGCAUAUUAGCAACCUUGACUUUGGAGAUCCACUUCGCAAGCAUGAAAUGCACUGCAGGUUUAAGCAGAAACCUCCUUUACCUUGGACAGCAAUAAAUUCAUCACUGGGAGUCCUAGUGAUUACUUUGCUAGUUGGCCAUAUUUUUUAUGCAGCCAUAAGUCGGAUAGCAAAAGUGGAGGCUGACUACCGAGAGAUGAUGGAACUCAAAGUUCGCGCUGAAGCUGCGGAUGUUGCAAAAUCGCAGUUUCUGGCAACUGUUUCCCAUGAGAUCAGGACACCAAUGAAUGGUGUUUUAGGUAUGCUGCAAAUGCUGAUGGAUACAGAUCUUGAUGCAACCCAACAAGACUAUGCCCAAACUGCUCAUGCUAGUGGGGAAGACCUUAUAUCACUGAUAAAUGAGGUCCUUGACCAAGCAAAAAUAGAAUCGGGCAGGCUUGAACUUGAAGAUGUGCCUUUUGAUCUACAUGCAGUACUUGAUAAUGUUUUAUCGCUUUUCUCAGGAAAAUCAAAUGAAAAAGGGAUCGAGCUGGCUGUUUAUGUCUCCAAGUUGGUGCCUGAAGUUGUCAUUGGUGACCCUGGACGCUUUCGGCAGAUAAUCACAAAUCUUGUUGGGAAUUCAAUCAAGUUCACCCAUGACAAAGGACACAUAUUUGUCACAGUGCAUCUUGCAGAUGAAGUGAUGGGUUCACCUGAUGUUAUGGAUGAAGUGCUUAGACAAGGGUUGAAUUUAGUUGGAGAUAUGACAAAUAAAACUUAUAAUACUUUGAGUGGAUUUCCUGUGGUUGAUAGAUGGAAAAGCUGGGAAAAAUUUAAACAUUUAAGCAGCACAACAACAGAGGAACCUGAUAAGAUCAAACUACUGAUAACAGUUGAGGAUACAGGUGUUGGAAUUCCUGAAGUUGCACAAAGUCGGAUUUUCACCCCUUUUGUGCAGGCUGACAGUUCUACAUCAAGAACAUAUGGUGGGACUGGUAUUGGACUAAGCAUUAGUAGUUGUCUGGUCAACCUCAUGUGUGGAGAGAUAGGGUUUGUGAGUGAGCCUGGCACCGGUAGUACAUUUUCAUUCACUGGAACUUUCAGAAAAGGAGAUGUAAGUUCUCUAGAUACAAAAUGGCAGCAGUAUGAUCCAGCUGUUUCAGAGUUUCAAGGACUAAGAGCAUUGGUAAUAGAUAAAAGGUCCAUUCGGGCUGAGGUCACAAGAUAUCAUCUUCAGAGGUUGGGUAUAUCCGUGGAUGUAGCUUUUGGCCUGGAAUCAGCAUGCUCUUAUCUAUGUAGUACUAUCAAUGCCAGCUUUGGGCCCACACAUUUGGACAUGGUUCUUAUUGACAAAGAUGUUUGGGAUAAGGAAACUGGUAUACGAUUCCAUCAGUCACUACAAGAGCUCAUGCAAAAUAACACUGCCAAAGCCUCCUUAAACCCUCCAAGGAUGCUUCUCUUAGCUACCUCCAUUAGCCCUGAUGAACGGAAUGAGCUCAAAUCUUCUGCUUUAGUAGAUAAGGUACUGAUCAAGCCACUUCGAUUAAGUGUCUUAAUUGCCUGCUUCCAAGAAGUUCUUGGCAAUGGUAAGAAGAGGCUUGCAAACAGGAAAAAACCGGCAACUCUUGGUAAUUUACUGAGAGGAAAGAGAAUUUUGGUGGUGGACGACAAUAUAGUGAACAGAAGAGUGGCAGAAGGAGCUCUAAAGAAAUAUGGAGCAAUUGUUACUUGUGUGGAUAGUGGAAAGGCUGCUUUAUCAAAGCUUGAGCCUCCCCACAACUUUGAUGCUUGCUUCAUGGAUCUCCAAAUGCCAGAAAUGGAUGGGUUUGAAGCAACAAGUAAAAUCCGCUGUAUGGAGAAAGAGGUGAACGAGGCAAUUGCUUCUGGAGAAGCAUCAGUUGACAGGUUCGGAAAUGUGGCCCAUUGGCACACACCAAUAUUGGCUAUGACAGCCGAUGUGAUUCAAGCUUCAAAUGAAGAAUGUAUGAAGUGUGGGAUGGAUGAUUAUGUAUCAAAGCCAUUUGAAGUAGGGCAGCUUUAUUCAGCAGUGGCACAUUUUUUUGAGUCUGGCUAAGAGGGUCUACUUAACAUCAACACGGUUGUUUAUGGUGAACAUCCAAGUGAUAGAUCGCUAGUAUAUUCGGAUGAGCAGUCAGGAUUUAAUGUUCUCCAACAAAUUACUAGCAUUACAACGAUGGGAAUGGUGGGAGGACUAAUCCUGACGAUAUUUUCUAGCCUUUCCAAACAUGGUAACUAUUCAGCAUGACUCAUAUUACUUGGAAUUGCUCUGUUCUGAGGCAUGAAACAUGUCAAAAUAUGUAGUUGUGCUUUCUGCAUCUAACUUGGCAUCUUAUGGAAAUUAUGGCCUUUAAGAACUCGUUUAACCGGAGACAUCUUUCAGGAAUCCAGAGGUUGUGACCCUGACCGACAGAUUCAAGCAUGCAUGCAUAUUGGAGAAGAAAAAAAUGAAAUGCUUGGCUGGUUUGUUUUCAUCCGUACCACGCAUGUGAUUAUCCCCACAGAUAUAUUAGAGAAAUGGCGGCUUUUUCUGUACAUACCCUUGAUUCUUUUUAUUAGUUAUCUGUAAAUUUGUGUCUGCUAUACCCUACUUUUUCUGGAUUCUCCAUUGAGGAAAAGUAGGUUGGCAAUAAAAUGCUAUGGAGCCAAAAUCUGUUCUUUUUUUUUUUUUUUUUUUUUUUUUCCUCUUUCCAACUCUAAUGAGAUGGGCAAUCUUUCUGAGGCUUUCAAGGAUGAAAGAUUACAAACAUUCAUUUUGGUAAAAAAUUGAUUAUGUGAUCUGUAUUGACAUUGUAUCAUCCUAUUGAAAUCUUUUUACUUCGAGGGAGACAGUCACCAGAAGCAGAAAGUGAUGGUCAUCAGAGGCAGCAGCUAUACACUAUGUAGGAUUUUCUUGUAGGUUUUAUGCCAUAUGUUUGGAUUUGUGUAAUGAAUAUCUUGAUAUAACCCAUUUCAUCUUCCACUAUAUACUGAAACUGUAUCAUGUUUACCAUGGUGAAUAUACAACUUUUUUCUGCCA